UUUGUACAAUGAAGGCUUUCCCAGUGCCUGGUGCAAUGUCAUCGCCUUCCUAGCUGCCGUUUAGGGAACAAAAGUUUCACGUAAUUCCCACUUCAACCGCUUUACAUUCAGUAAUGCAUCCGCGAGGGUUCCAGUGAAGGAAGAAUCAGAGAUAAAUCAAUGUUAUUGGUGUAAAAAAUGAGAAAAUAGGCUACAGAAUCCGCCGACAGUAAGGAUACCUCAUGAAGCUCAUGUGCCGAUACUGCUCUCUUAAGGUACUGUAGUUCUCGGCCACUCUCCUCUCAAAAUGGCAAUCAUCCGGCAGUUUGGACUACUGCUGUGGAAGAACUACAUUCAGCAGAAGCGUCAGAUUCUGGUGACUCUGGUGGAGAUCGCCCUGCCGCUCCUCUUCUCCGCCAUCCUCAUCGUGCUCCGCCAGCGCAUCCCCUUCAAGAACUACCCCAAUGCCACCGUGUACGAAAGCUUCUCCGUGGACAGUCUUCCCAAAAUCCCCAGUGCGCCCUUCCAGCUGGCCUACGUUCCAGGCAACGCCAGUGUGGUGCGACGGGUGGCAGAGGAUGUGCGGCGCAGCCUCAACUCCAUCAGCUCCGUGCGCGGCUUUGAGACAGAGGAGCAGUUUGAGGAGUUUGUGAGGAACGACCCCCUGGCAGGGAAGGUGCUGGCAGCCGUGGUGUUUGAACACCCCUUCACCCACGACGAUGAGCCCCUCCCUCUACAGGUGAGCUACCACCUGCGUUUCACCUACACCCCUCUCAACGCCCCACCCAAGGAGAAGUCUGAGCUCAACCCCAACAAUGACCUGGACUGGCACACCCUCAGCCUCUUCCCCCUGUUCCAGAUGCCCGGGCCCAGGGAGCAGUACGACCUCCAGGGGGGCACACCCGGCUACCACCGUGAGGGCUUCCUGUCGGUGCAGCAUGCCGUGGACCGGGCCAUCAUGCGCUCCUUCAGCAGCAGCGGCGCGGCCGCCCUGCUCGGCCAGACCAAGGUGGUGCUGUCCCGGUUCCCCUACCCCGCCUACAUCUACGACGUCUUCAUCCUGGCCAUCCAGAACCAGCUGCCCCUGCUGCUGGUGCUCAGCUUCACGUACACCUCCCUCAACAUAGUCCGCGCCGUGGUGCAGGAGAAGGAGAGGAAGCUCAAGGAGUACAUGCGGAUGAUGGGCCUGAGUAACUGGCUCCACUGGAGUGCUUGGUUCCUCAUGUUCUUCCUCUUCCUCUCCAUUUCCAUCCUCUUCGUCACUGUGCUCCUGUGUGUCACGGUGCACCCUAACGGAGCAGUGCUGACCUACAGUGACCCCACACUGGUCUUUGUCUUCUUGCUGGUCUUUGCUGUGGCAACCAUCAACUUCAGCUUCAUGAUCAGUGUGUUCUUCUCAAGAGCCAACGUGGCGGCGGCAGCCGGGGGGUUUGUGUACUUCCUGAGCUACUUGCCGUACGUGUUCCUGUGGCCUCGCUACGACCUGCUCAGCCACGCCCAGAAGGUCUCCGCCUGCCUCGUCUCCAACGUGGCCAUGGCCAUGGGCGCCCAGCUCAUUGGCAUGUUCGAGGGCAAAGGCACGGGGAUCCAGUGGGCAAGCCUGUUUGACUCGGUGACGGUGGACGAUGACUUCUCCAUGGCCCAGGUGCUGGGGCUGCUCCUGAUGGAUGCGCUGCUGUACGGCCUGGUGGCCUGGUACGUGGAGGCUGUGUUCCCAGGGGAGUACGGAGUCCCUCUGCCCUGGUACUUCUUCCUGCUGCCGUCGUAUUGGUGCAGCAGCCCUCGCAUGGCCUUGCUGAAUGAGAAGGAGGAAGAGGAGGAUGCAGAGAAGGCUAUGAAGGGGGAGUUCAUAGAGGAGGAGCCGUCAGGACUGGUGUCUGGGGUGAAGAUCAAACACCUGGCCAAGGAGUUCACUUUGGGCAGCAAGACCAGGAAGGCUGUCAAGGACCUGACGGUGAACAUGUUCGAGGGCCAGAUCACCGUGCUGCUGGGACACAACGGAGCCGGGAAGACCACCACGCUGUCCAUGCUGACAGGUCUGUACCCACCUACCAGUGGGAGGGCCUACAUCAAUGGCUAUGACAUCUGCCAAGACAUGGCUCUGAUUCGCCGCAGUCUGGGUCUGUGCCCCCAGCAUGACGUUCUGUUUGACAACCUCACCGUCAGGGAGCACCUGCUGUUCUACGCCCAGUUGAAGGGUUACCCCCGGCAGAAGAUCCCUGCGGAGGUGGACCGGAUCCUCCAUGUCCUCAACCUGGAGGACAAGCGGCAGGCCCGCUCCAAGACCCUGUCUGGGGGCAUGAAGAGAAAACUGUCCAUCGGCAUCGGCCUCAUCGGAGACUCCAAGGUGGUGAUGCUGGACGAGCCCACGUCGGGCAUGGACCCCUCGGCGCGGCGCGCCACCUGGGACCUGCUGCAGGGGGAGAAGCGCGGGCGCACCAUCCUGCUCACCACGCACUUCAUGGACGAGGCCGACCUGCUGGGGGACCGCAUCGCCAUCAUGGCCGGCGGGGAGCUGCAGUGCUGCGGCUCGCCGCUCUUCCUCAAGAACAAAUACGGUGCUGGUUACCACAUGGUGAUCGUGAAGGACGCGCUGUGCAACGUGUCGGAGAUCACACGCCUGGUGCACAUGUACGUUCCCAACGCCACGCUAGAGAGCAGCGCGGGCGCUGAGCUGUCCUACAUCCUCCCCAAGGAGAGCACCAGCCGGUUUGAGCUGUUGUUCGCAGAGCUGGAGAUGAACAGGGAGGAGCUGGGCAUCGCUAGCUAUGGAGCAUCCGUCACCACCAUGGAGGAAGUCUUCCUCAGGGUGGGUAAGCUGGUGGACUCCAGUCUGGACAUCCAGGCCAUCCAACUGCCCGCUCUCCAGUACCAGCACGAACGGCGCUCCCACGACUGGACCACGGACGACGCCAGCAGCAUCAGCGGCAUGACCGACGUCACCGAUUUCACCGACAGCGGCACCCUCAUCUCCGAGGACUGCUCCAACAUCAAGCUCAACACGGGGGCCAGACUCUACAUGCAGCAGUUCUAUGCCAUGUUCCUGAAGAGGGCGCUGUACAGCUGGAGGAACUGGAAGGUGAUGGUGGCCCAGUUCCUGGUGCCCCUGGUGUUUACCGUGCUGGCUCUGGCCGUGGCGCGCUCCUUCCCCGGGCACCACAGCGCCCCCAUGCUGCGGCUGGCGCUGGGCCGCUACGGCCCCACCACGGUGCCUGUGGCCCUGGAGCCCGGGGCAGGACAGCUGACCGCUGCCCUGGCUGACGCCUACAACCUCCAGCUCUCUGCACAGCAGGCCCAUCUGAAGAACAUCACAGACUUCACAAAUUACGUGCUGACCCAGGCCGAGCGGGAGGGCGGGGCCUUCAACGAGCGCUGCGUGGUGGGCGCCGCCUUCCGUGGCGCCGUGGUGACGGAGAUCACCGCGUACUUCAACAACCAGGGCUACCACACGGUCGCCACGGCCCUGAUGAUGGCGGACAACGCCCUGUUCAAAGCGCUGGCGGGACCCAACGCGUCCAUCCAGACGGGCAACUACCCCAUGCCCCGCAACCUGUCUGAGAGCGCCCAGGGCCAGAUCACCGAGGGCUUUGGCAUCGCCAUAAACCUGAUGUACGGCAUGGCGUCCCUCUCCAGCACCUUCGCCCUGCUGCUGGUCACCGAGCGCUCCGUCAAGUCCAAGCACGUGCAGCAGGUCAGCGGGGUGUACCUCUCCAACUUCUGGUUCUCCGCCCUGCUCUGGGACCUGGUCAACUUCCUGCUGCCCUGUGUCCUCAUGCUGGUGGUGUUCCAGGGGUUCGGGGUGAAGGCCUUUGUGGAGCACAACCACCUGGUGGACGUGCUGCUGUUGCUCCUGCUGUACGGCUGGGCCGUCAUCCCCCUCAUGUACCUGCUCAGCUUCCUGUUCUCCACCGCCGCCUCCGCCUACACACGCCUCACCAUCUUCAACAUCAUCAGCGGCACCGCCACCUUCCUCAGUGUCACCAUCAUGACCAUCCCAGAGUUGAACCUGCUGGACUUGUCUCAUCUCCUGGACAAGGUGUUCCUGGUCUUCCCCAACUACUGCCUGGGCAUGUCCAUCAGCCAGUUCUACCAGAACUAUGAGCUGCUCACCUUCUGCACCUCCAACCCUUUAACUGAGGCCAUCUGCAAGAUCUACAACAUCACCUACCAGGAGAACUACUUCUCCAUGUCUGAGCCUGGAGUGGGCCGAUUCCUGGUGGCCCUGUCCCUGCAGGGCCUGGUCUUCAUCCUCCUGGUCUUCGCCAUCGAGCUGCAGUGCGUCCGGGCCAUCCGCCGAGCCCUCUGCUCCCUCUGCUCCCUCUGCUGCCCCCGCUGCACCCGCCGCGGCAAGCUGGCUCUGAUCGAGGACGCAGCUGUACAGCCCGAGGACAGGGACGUGGCCGAGGAGAGGAAGAGGGUUCUGGAGUGUCACCCCAUGGUGGAGUCUAUGGUGGGGAGUCCACUCAUACUGCACGAGCUCAGCAAGGUGUACAGCGGUGGACAGCCCCUGCUGGCGGUGGACCGUCUCUCCCUGGCGGUGGGGAAAGGGGAGUGUUUCGGCCUGCUGGGCUUCAACGGCGCCGGGAAGACCACCACCUUCAAGAUGCUGACCGGGGACGAGACGGUCACCUCCGGGGACGCCUACAUAGACGGAUACAGCAUCCUGAGAGACAUCAAGAAGGUGCAGCAGAGGAUUGGCUACUGCCCUCAGUUUGACGCGUUGCUGGAUCACAUGACGGGAAGAGAGACUCUGAGCAUGUAUGCCAGGCUGAGGGGGAUCCCAGAGAAGUACGUGUCGGGGUGCGUGGAGAACGUCCUGAGGUCCUUACUACUGGAGCCCCACGCAGACAAACUGGUCCGCAGCUACAGUGGGGGCAACAAGAGGAAGCUGAGUGCAGGCAUGGCUCUGAUUGGGGGACCUCCAGUCAUCUUCCUAGAUGAGCCGUCCACUGGGAUGGACCCUGUCGCUAGGAGACUGCUCUGGGACGCCGUGACCCGCACGAGGGAGUCUGGCAAGGCCAUUAUAAUUACCUCUCACAGUAUGGAGGAGUGUGAAGCCUUGUGCACCAGGCUGGCAGUGAUGGUGAGUGGUCAGUUUAAGUGUCUAGGCAGCCCCCAGCACCUUAAGAGCAAGUUUGGCAGUGGCUACACCCUGCUGGCCAAAGUGCGUGUGGAGGCAGAGCUGGAGGACAGCGACCUGCAACUCUUCAAGGACUUCAUCGAGGGAACCUUCCCAGGAAGUCAGCUGAAAGAUGAGCACCAGGGGAUGGUGCACUAUCACUUGACGGACAAGAAACUCACCUGGGCACAGGUGUUUGGCACUCUGGAGGCAGCCAAAGAGAAGUACAGUAUCGAUGACUACUGUGUGAGCCAGAUCUCCCUGGAGCAAGUGUUCCUCAGCUUCGCCCAGUUCCAGCACUGCACUGACGACAGGAGGAAAUAGACCCCCCCCCCCCCACCCCCCCCCCCGCCCCGAAACAGGAAGAGGAAAAGGAGGGGUAGCCUUCCUGUUUCCCCCUGUUGUGUUCAUCUGUCUGAGCGACUCUGCACUUGGAAUGGCUAGGCCUGUGUACAUGGAUUUGUGGAGCCUUUGUGACGCUCUACUGGGCUGUGCUCAGUGUACGCACACACGCAUUUGCGACACACAUCAACACGUGCGUGUGUGUGUGUGUGUGUGCGUCUAUAUACACACACAGGCCUAGACCACUGUGCAGGGCUUGAGCAGGGGUUUGGUCAAAUGAGUCCUUAAAUGUUGCUCCAUUAUGUCUUUUGGGUUGAGUUGGAACCUACACGUUUCGCUGCAUCUGAAAAUAAGUCUACUAUGCUCAUGGUCUACCUGGUCAUUGUGUGUGCGUGCUCAUGUGCGUGCUACAGACUGGUGUAUAUGUGUGCACUUGUAUGCCGCUGUUUGUGUUAUUUAUGAUUGGUUUGCUUUCUAAAGUACUGUGCCAAGUGGACAGACCUGAGGAAGGAAAAUCACCCUCUAAAACCAGUCUGUGUGACUCAGUAGAGACCAUUCAACACCUAGUAGGUCCACCCUUUGCCUUAUAGGCUAAUGGGUUUUUCCCUUGUUUGGUCAAAUGCCUGCUAGAAACAUCUGAUCAUGUGCCCAAUGGUAGCUCAAUCUUUAAGCAGAAUGUAAAUAAUAAUGCAAUGUAUUCAUGGUACUGAAGCCUUUUAGCGAUCCAGAUAAUUAUCGCAAAGUUUUUUUUAGGGGGCAUAAGCAAAUGCAUGCCUUGCAUGACAUUUAACUAAGAAAAGUAAAUAAAAAGAAGGUCCUUUUUAAAUUACCGAUUACAUCUGUCAAGACAGAUGAGGGUCAAAAUGUUUGGGCUUGUUUGGCUCCUGUGGAAUGACCAUCUGCAUCUCCAUACUUGCUAUUCUUGUCUUCUCCAGACGAGGUCAUGGAUAGUUACCAGACCUGUUAGUCUGCUAGGUUAUAUCAAAAGUUUCGGAGCUCAGAUGUCCCCAAAGACAAUUGUGCAACAAGGCAUCGGAUGACCCUGUAUCAAUUACGUAAUAGUUUUGUUCCUCAUGCUGCUACUGUGAAACUGAAUGACUCAUCUUUGACAGCCAGUGGAAACUGUGUUUCUUGACUUAACACAGAAGAGUUGCCUGUCCAUCUGACCUGUAGGCUCCUUGUCAGCAGAGCAUCAGGCUACAUUUACAUUUUGGGUUGGGUCAUUUAGCAGACGCUCUUAUCCAGAGCGACUUACAGUAAGUACAGGGACAUUCCCCCCGAGGCAAGUAGGGUGAAGUGCCUUGCCCAAGGACACGACGUCAUUUGGCAGAGCCGGGAAUCGAACCGGUAACCUUCAGAUUACUAGCCCGACUCCCUAACCGCUCAGCCACCUGACUUCCUGUCCAUUAGGCUAUCCUAAAGGUCAUCCUCACAUGUGACUGGGCUCCUUCAUGGAGAUCCUGUCUUAGACAUUCAGUUAAGUGAGCUCCUUGGGUGUUUGCGUGUGUUGUGUUAACCCUGUUCUGCUGCAGCCUUGCAUUUCACCAUCCAUUAAUGUGUGUCCCCUGCCUUCCUCUGAUUCACACUACUACAAGCCAAUGUUAUUUCAUGUCAAAUGAUUACGUAUGAGAAGUUUACCUGUUGAUUCACGGAACAUGAAUGAACUGCUACUGACCAAUGCAAGGAGGAGAGCCCUCUCUCUACUGGAAGGUUCACCUCCAGGAAAGCAGCAUCCAAGCAGUGUCAUGAAAGUCACUUUCUUUUGGACCACAGGGGAUUGAUUUGUUUGUUUGCGUCUACUUUAUGUAAUGUAAAGAUUAAUUUGCACUUUUAUGUAAGAGAAUUCCGGACCGUAGCCCCAAAAUAUCUGACUUAGUUUAGUAUAAGAACCUGCUUCUCUUUUUGUCUCCUAUGUCCUUGGGUUCCCAGUUCUUUAAAAGAGGGAUAACAUCAGUUAUAGUUUUCACUCUCUCUGGCUAUAAAGAUGGUUGGGGUAGAACAUCAUCUGAGCUUUCAAAAUACUUGUGUAGAUGCAUUUUGAAUAUUGAUUAAGAUUGUGAUGCUUCAUUUAUCAAUGCAGCUGGCCAGAGAACCACCUGGGCCCCAGAAUAACCGUACUAUAGUUCCUUGGCCUUCACUUCCUGUGGUCAGGUUAUCCUGCAUAACUUGAAUGAGCCAACUAUGGCCCUUCACAAUCUCCUCAGGACCUGAGUUCAACGUACACCUUUCUGUCAUGACUAAGGGCAUUUCUACUGUCAAAGCUCAGUCAAUCCAUGCUGCAAGUGAGUUUAAUGUAUUUUUGUUGUCGUUUUCGAGCAAAGCAUAUGACACUGUGUGUUGGCACUACUACAGAAGUGGCAGUUGGACUGGUGACACCUGUGGUUCAGCUGCUGACUGGACCAACUGCUGGGAGAGGGGAAAUGGUCCUUGAAGAAAAGACAUUCCUGGAAGUCACUGUUGUCAUGAUGGGGCAAAUUCUUUGUGGUGAUCUAUAUCACCUAUGGGUGAUAUAGGGCUCGACAGGUGGGUUACAUUCCUGAAUGUAUAUGCACAGUACAUUUUUAGACAUUAGUCUGUGGAGCUACUCCUCAAGAUAGAACAGACACAUGGCAUUUUGAGUUCAGUUGAUGUGAAACUUGAAAUGUGUGAAGAUGCUGAAUAUGAUUAAGCCUAAACCUUUCUCCUAAUCUAUCAUAUUUAAAAAGGGAAUAUGUAAUUGUAUGUACUGUACUAUGGAAUUAACAUUGUCUACUAUAUAUGUAUUGCUAUUCUUUUUUUUAAUUUUUAUUAAAUUUGCUCUAUGCAAGUGGAAGCAAAAGCAAUGUAUCUUGUCUUUGAUGUGAGAUGCAGGUUUUCCACUCCAUUCAGGGCUGGACUGGGUCCUGGCAUGUUUGCUCAGACCGGCCCACCACAAUCGGUCGGAACACCACCCACCAGUACACCAUCCUUGCGGUCCCUGUAAAUAUCUGAGCCACUGCAUCUGACACAAGAAAGGGAGGGGGAGGGGUGGAGCCUGUUAAGAGAUGUGAUUGGGCCAGCCCAGUGUCAGUAUGGAAAAUGAACCAAUGGGCCGCUGUUCCUGCUAUAUGGGCUGGUCAUUGGCCAAUUUCAAGUUUAUUAAAAAAAAAUUAUAUAUAUUAAAUAUCAUAUAUCGGCCCCAAGUGCGUCGGCCCACAGGGCAUUUGCCUGAUAUGCCAGAUUACCAGUCCAGGCCUGACUCCAUUCAUACAGAAAUCACAGCCGGCGGAGUCAUGAACCAACAUGUUCACACAGAAUAGGCCUAAGUCUUACUGCAACUGUCUUAUUCAGUCAGGGGUGUGAAUCAAGCUUUUUACCAGUAUCUGCUAGGAUCUC